AUGUGGCGCAUUACAGCCGUGAUGGCGCUGGGCUGCGUCUGCGUGAGUCUGACGGAUCCUGAUGGAGCCAAAAGAGAAGCACAAGUGGUGUGUGAGGUGAACCUGAGGACUCUCCCAGGGUUCUCUCUGCAGUUGAGGUCAAACAUCUCGAGCGGCUGCACCAUAAAGACCAAGACCAAGACCAGGACUGGGACCGGGACCAGGACCGGGACCUGGGACCUGAUCAGCCUCAGCCCCGGGACCCUCACCCAGCUCCAGUUUGACCAGUGCCAACCACAGGACGUCCAAGUCACUGCUGCCAAAACACUGGGCUGCUCCUCCGUGGGCUCCUGCUCCCGUCUGUACCUGGCAGUGCCCUCCCUCCCCUCCUGCCUCCUCCCCUCCCUCCUUCUGGUCUCCUGGUCUCUCUCUCUGCCUCCUGCUGGGACGGUGGAACUGGGUUGUUCGAGCGGGACGCUGAGGCGCGAGCUCCCAGGCCAGCUCUGCAACGACAGCCUCACCAUCUCCCUCCACGAGCACGACAAGGGCCACGGCGAGGGCCACGGCGAUGGCGAGGGCCACGGCGAGGGCCACAGCAACAUCGGGACGUUCUGCCGCGGAGGAUCCAUCACCAAACUGCAGAUCCAUAACAACAUCUCCAUCGCCAUCAGAGGGAGAGGAGCACUGCAGCCAGGGGACGUCCUGACUGCCCGAGUCAAGGACGAGAUCACAGAGAGCUACAUCGUCCGUGUGUCUCCGCAGCGACAGCGCCCCCUGGUGCUGGCCACGCCCGGCUGGCCUGCGGGCAUGAGAGCGGACUCUACGCUGUCCUGGAUCGUCAGCGUCCCGCCCAAGAUGGAGGCGUGGCUACAGUUCUCCGACCUGCGACAGCCCAAGUGCUCCCACCGCCACACCGCCAUCCGCAUCCGGCGCCUGGACCGACAGGAGGAGGAGUUCAGCCGCAGGGAGGACGAGGAGGUGUUGGAGGAGGUCCGAGUCUCCUCCUCCUUCUUCCUCAACAUGUCCAACUGUCUGCCAGAGAAUGGGGUCUUCAGGGUCCUGACCCGGGUCACUCUGAGGAGGGACCAGACUCUGAUCAUCGUGGUCAGUUCUGUGGCGGCGCUGCUGCUGGUUUUCAUCCUGAUCCUGAUCGUGGUUUGUUUAGUGACAAGACAGAAGAAGACGGUUCCUCAGACGUCCAUCUACAGCAGCUUCCUGCAGAACCCUGUGAGGUCUGAGGAGGAGCACGUCUACGAGGACAUCGAGGACACGCUGGUUUACUCCCACCUGCUGCGGAAAGGAGAGACCCUGGGGACGCAUGGGGAGUUCCAGGAGAACCAGGGGAACCAGGAGAACCAAGAGUUCCAGGAGAACCAGGAGAACCAGGCCGAGGUCUGCUCGUACCAGGACUUUGUGCAGGAGCAGAAGCCUGAGCUGCCGCAGAGGCCCCAGAGUCACACACUACACAUGGAGGAGAACCUCCUGUACGAGAUCAAGAAAGGAGAGAGAAUGGAGGAGGAGGAGGAGGAGGGGGAGGAGAAGGAGGAGGGGGAGGAGGAGGGGUAG